AGAGGGAGAGAGAGAGGAAAAGGCAGAGGGAGAGGGGGAGAGGGGAUCUGUUGCAGGCAGGGGAAGGCGUGACCUGAAUGGAGAAUGCCAGCCAAUUCCAGAGACACACAGGGACCUCAGAACAAAGAUAAGGCAUCGCUGACACCACAUCGGGGACGAGCUCACAGACAACUCAGGCCGGGGGACCAAAGCCAGGCAGCCAGGAGCACCCAAGGCAGGAAAAUGAGGUGGCUCCCUCUUUAUCAUGCUCUGUGCUUCUCCUUGUUGAAGGCUUUGGCCCACACUGUGGAGCUUAACAAUAUGUUUGGCCAGAUCCAGUCACCUGGCUACCCAGACUCCUACCCCAGUGAUUCGAAAGUGACUUGGAAUAUCACUGUUCCAGAAGGAUUUCGGAUCAAGCUUUACUUCAUGCACUUCAACUUGGAAUCCUCCUACCUUUGCGAAUAUGACUAUGUGAAGGUAGAAACUGAAGACCAGUUGCUGGCACUCUUCUGUGGCAGCGAGAACACAGACACUGAGCACACCCCUGGCCAGGAAGUGGUCCUCUCCCCUGGUUCCUUCAUGUCCGUCACUUUCCAGUCAGAUUUCUCUGAUGAGGAGCGAUUCACAGGCUUCGAUGCCCACUACAUGGCCGUGGACGUGGACGAAUGCACCGAGCGGGAGGACGAGGAGCUGUCCUGUGACCACUACUGCCAUAACUACAUUGGAGGCUACUACUGCUCCUGCCGCUUUGGCUACAUCCUCCACACGGACAACCGGACCUGCCGAGUGGAGUGCAGUGACAACCUCUUUACCCAGAGGACCGGCAUGAUCACCAGCCCUGACUUCCCCAAUCCUUACCCUAAGAGCUCUGAGUGCUUCUAUGUGAUCAGACUGGAGGAGGGUUUUAUGAUCAGCCUGCAGUUUGAAGACAUUUUCGACAUUGAGGACCAUCCAGAGGUGCCUUGCCCCUAUGACUACAUCAAGAUUAAAGUCGGCCCAAAGGUUUUGGGACCCUUCUGUGGAGAGAAAGCCCCGGAACCCAUCGACACCCAGACUCACAACGUCCUAAUCCUAUUCCGCAGUGACAACUCGGGCGAGAACCGGGGCUGGAAGCUCUCGUACAGGGCAACAGGGAAGGAGUGCCCAGUGCUACAGCCUCCUGUCCACGGGAAAAUUGAGCCUUUGCAAGCCAAGUAUUUCUUCAAAGACCAGGUGCUCAUCAGCUGUGACACGGGCUACAAAGUGCUGAAGGACAACGUGGAGAUGGACACGUUCCAGAUGGAGUGUCUGAAGGACGGCACAUGGAGUCACAGGAUUCCCACCUGUAAAAUUGCAGACUGUGGAGCCCCGGCAGAGCUGGAGCAUGGUCUGGUCACCUUCUCCACAAGGAAAAACCUGACCACAUACAAAUCUGAGAUCAGAUACUCCUGCCAGCAGCCCUAUUACAGGAUGUACCACAAUAUCACAGGUAUCUAUACCUGUUCUGCCCAAGGAGUCUGGAUGAAUGAAGUACUGGGGAGAAGCCAGCCCACCUGCCUGCCAGUGUGUGGACAGCCCUCCCGGUCUCUGCCAAAUCUAGUCAAGCGGAUCAUCGGGGGCCGGAAUGCCGAGCCCGGCCUCUUCCCGUGGCAGGCCCUGAUAGUGGUGGAGGAUACCUCGAGGGUGCCAAAUGACAAGUGGUUUGGGAGUGGGGCCCUGCUCUCCGAGUCAUGGAUCCUCACAGCAGCCCAUGUGCUGCGCUCCCAGCGCAGAGACAACACAGUGACCCCAGUGUCCAAGGAGCACAUCACCGUCUACCUGGGCCUGCAUGACAUGCGGGACAAAUCGGGGGCUGUCAACAGCUCAGCUGCCCGAGUGGUGCUCCACCCCGACUUCAACAUCCAGAACUACAACCAUGACAUAGCUCUGGUCCAGCUGCAGGAACCCGUGCCACUGGGACCCCACAUCAUGCCCAUCUGCCUGCCAAAGCCUGAACCCGAAGGCCCGGUGCCCCACAUGCUAGGCCUGGUGGCAGGCUGGGGCAUCUCCAAUCCUAAUGUGACAGUGGAUGAGAUCAUCAGCAGCGGCACACGGACCUUGUCAGAUGUCCUGCAGUAUGUCAAGUUACCCGUGGUGCCACACGCCGAGUGCAAAACCAGCUAUGAGUCCCGCUUGGGCAACUACAGCGUCACAGAGAACAUGUUCUGUGCCGGCUACUAUGAGGGCGGCAAGGACACAUGCCUUGGAGAUAGCGGUGGGGCCUUUGUCAUCCUUGAUGACUUGAGCCAGACCUGGGUGGCCCAAGGCCUAGUGUCCUGGGGGGGCCCUGAAGAAUGUGGCAGCAAGCAGGUCUAUGGGGUCUACACAAAGGUCUCCAACUACGUGGACUGGGUGUGGGAGCAGAUGGGCUCUCCGCAAGGCCUGGGGGCGCUCCAGGUGGAGCGGUGAGCUGACUGACCUCCUCAGGGCCUGGCUGCCCUGCCUCAGCCCGCGUGGGCUGACCGCACACUUCCAACAGCACACUCCACGUUACUCACCGGACCAACUGCAAUGGAACAUGCUGCCCCCAUCCUCCUGAGACAACGCCAGGAUGCUGAGAGGCAGCAGAGUGGUAGAGGGGAAAGUCUCCACCCAGAGACUUGGUUCCAUGGCCCUGGGCAAGUCCCUUCCCCUCUCCAGGCCUCUCUGUCCUCAGCAGUAGGAGGGAGCAGGACGUCUGGGCCGGUCCAAGCACUCCUCUCCAGGACCGCCUUACCCCAGUGGCCCCAUUCACUCCUAUUCUCUUAUCAAAUCCACUGUUGGUAUAACCGGGCCUGAUUGUUAGAAAAGGUUUUCUUUUAUUAAGCUGAACUCCGAGUCCAUAUAUUUUCCCAAGUCUGUCCUCUGAGCACAGACAAGUCUAGUUCCUCCUCUAGGAGAAAACCGUUCAGGUUUGGGGAGAUGGCGUCAUACCCCGAGGCCCCUCCUCCUAGUGAAAUCUCUGCAGUACUCUUAUCACUGGGGUUUCUCUCUCAAAAGCUUCUUGUAGUCCAAGCCUUAGCCUUUAUGUUCUCUGUUAAAGGGAUUUCAAAGGACACAGCGAAAGCUGGGAAUGUGUGGGUGUCUGGAGGAGGAGAGCAGUGGGAAGCUC